UGGUAAGAGGGGAUAACAUCACUGCAGUGUCUGUAACUUUGAGAUUCAUGUCAGAUUUGAUCCACCUGUUUUAUUUAGGAUACAGAACUUUCCACUCUUUAAUGGGGUUUUGAAUUUGGAUUCGACAUAUGGAUUACUCCAUUUUUGUGAUGAUUUAAAGCUGUUAUACUCUUAAAUCACUUUUAAAGAGCUGGCAAAUCCCUUCAGUUUGUUUCAGAUGCAACGCUGCUGCCUAGAACAAAUGCAUUUUUUAACUAGAGGAUUUGUGAGCCGCUAACCAUUUCCAGCUGAGUAACAAACCAACUACUCAUCUGUAUCAGUAAGGAUGUUUCAUUUCAAUAAGUCAAACUGUCCUCUGCUGUUCUUUGCUGCUCUUUGGAGCCUCAGCUACCCGAGUCUGCUCACUGCAUGGCCGGGCAUCAGUCGCAGCAAGCCCAAGGAUCCGCUGGACCCUAAUGUGAGGGACUGGGGAGACUAUUCAGACCUCCCUCCGGGGAUCGAGCAGGGGUUGGGGUUGGACGAAGAACAUGGCGACAACAGAGGAGCUGGAGAGUCCUCAACGAGCCUGGCUCCGGAGCUAGAUUUCCUGGCAGACUUUGCAGGUAAAAAGCGACUGUGGGUGAUAACUGCCCCUUCCCAUAAUGACCACUACCUUCGUAUGAUGGAGAAACAGCUGGAGGAAAUGGAGCAGAAAGUGCUGAACUGCCGUCUAGCAGAGAGAGACACAUUCAUCGUCACCAUCAUCCAGAACGCCAUGAUGGAGGGUCGAAUCCAGAAAACAACUUUUGAAGGAGAGGCCACAGUGGAGAGCCUGGACCCAGACACAGUUAGCAGACUGCUGCAUUACCUGGAGCUUACCAGCCAGGAGCAAGGCUUCACCAUGCUGGUUCUGAAGAAAAACAUUCGUGCCAGUGAGCGCUUUCCUUACCCAGUUCGAAUUGAGGCAGUUUUGGAGCUCAUUGAUCAGUUUCCUGUGAGGAAGCUGGAGAAAAUGACAAGAAAAGGAUCCAACUUGAGAUGUAAAACCACUAAAAAGAAGAUUGUGAUGAAAAGGAAAAUGAAGAAGAAGAAGAAGGUACUGAGCCCUCAGAGGAGAGGAAAUGAGACUUCUGUUGUAGCUUUACAAAGAAAACCUCCCAUGGACAAAAAAACUGCCCUUAAGAGUAAGAUCCAGGAGAUACUGAGUGGACGGUCGAGGUUUGUUAUUCGUAAGGUGCCUGCUGCGGGAUCCACGAGGGAAAAGGAGUCUAGCAGUGCGGGUGGGGCCACUUCUAACAAGCAGCAAAAGGUGCAAAGCCUUCCAUCUGAAGUGAAGAAAGACAGGCCUGACUCAGCUGUGGAAGAAGGGAAGAGAACACAUGGCGGGAAAAACAGUGACGAGAAAAAAGAGCAGAAUGUAGAGGAUGACACGCAGGAAAAACAAAUCUCUAAGAAAAAGGGUAAAGGGAAGAAAGGGAAGAAAGGAAAAGGCAGAGGAAAAAAGUCCAACAGAGAGGCCAGUGAGAAGGAUAAAACAGCCCUGAAGGAGUUUUUGGACAGGUUGAAGGGGUCGAGAAGGUUGAUGUUGAUCUCAACACCCAGCAGAGAUGCAACUCUGUACAUCCAGCAGAGAGAUGAGAGCGAGAAGCAACACUGUGCCCUCGCUAUCAGGAAGAUAACCAUGGUGACCAUCGUGGGAGAAGGAAGUGACGCCACGCUAACGAUGCGACACCACCAGCUCGAGUCAGAGCCUCCACUCAGUGACAGAUCGGAAGACUUCUCAGACUCGGGUCUGAUCUCUCUGUUGAGAGCAGAGCUCGGCCUGUCGUCCUCUGACCUCUUUUCCAUGACCGUCACAGACUAUGACAUCAAGCCUAACAGAGUUUUUGAGGCCCCUCCAUCAGGUCCUGCUCUUUUCGAGUACAUUGACAACUUUCCUUCAAGGCACUCAGAAAAAGAAAAGGAAAGGAGGAACCCUCCAUCCUGCUCCAAUGGGAAGCAAAAGCCUGCAGCUGAGAAUAUACUUCUCAGGUUCAUGUCCAAGAGGAGGCUGCUGCUCAUCUCUGCUCCCUCUGAGGACGACUAUUCCUUCCAGCAGCAGCUCUCUGCUCUCAGUGGACAGAAGUGUCACUUGGGCAUUCGCCACUUUGCCCUGUUGAAGCUGACUGGAACUGGGAACCAAGCAUCAGGAACUGUUGAACUAUUUCCCCUGAACGGUCAUAGUCAGAGUGAAGUCGAACCUCUAUCCAGGGACAUGGUCAACAAUCUGAGAGAGCAGCUGAAGAUCAGUAAGGACUAUUUCAGCAUGCUGUUUGUGGGUAAGGACAGCGACGUCAAGGCGUGGUUUCCAUCCCCCAUGUGGUCUCUGGAUAACAUCUACGACCUGGUGGACUCCAUGGAGCAGCGGCUCCAGGAGGAGAAGCUUCAGAAGAGACUAGGGAUCCACUGCCCUGAGGACAGAGGGAGAGAAGACAGUGAGGGGGGGCAUUAUCCCGGCUAUGAUGAAGAGGGCACAUAGGACACAUAUCUGUAUCACCAGUCACAGGAAUGAUGAGGAGGAAGUAGGAGAAUAGAAGAGCUUCCUAUAUUCUUGAGAUGACACAGCAAACACGUGAACACACACAAAAGCAAGUUAAUAACAAGGACCUACAAAACAGCACUAUAAUAAGCUUAAUAUUUUUUAUGUUUGCAAGAAAUAAAUGUGAAAGCUGAGCAGAAAAUGUUUCAGGAAUGGUUUCAUUCAAGAACGUCUUGUGCGACUUAUUUUCAUUUAUUUUUUAAAUCUGGUGUAGGCCUUUGCUUACAGUGAAACAUAAAGAUGCAAUCCAAGGAUGGGAAGAUUGCGCUCUCUGGCAACACUUUUGUCAACACUUUCUCAAACACAAUCACCGUCUAAAAUGUGAAAAUGGAACUUCCCUCUGCUGAAAUGCUGUGAUGCUAAAAUUGAAACUCUAUUUAAACCAAAAACAUGUUCUUCAUUUUAACUCUGCCAAACAUCUGUGUUUUACAGAGCUGCAGUCUUCAGACACCUCAGGGUCAAUAAAUCAAAGAGUUAUUGAUGCUGGAGACGUUGCAUGCUUCAAGAACAUUCUUAACAAAGCCUGAUUAACGGCAUAGUCGUUCAGAAAAAAGCAUUUUACAUGAGCAUAUCUACCGUUAGAUGCCAAUGAUUAAAGUACAUAAAAGGUCAUUAAAUUCAAUACGUAAAAAACACACCAACAUGAUUUUAUGAUGAGAGAUCAAUUUAUUUUACAGCUGUGGAAAAAAGAGACUAGCUACUCCAAUUUUUUCUUAAAUCUUUAUCUCUUCAUGUAUGGCAGCCAUUCCAGUGUCUGUUGAAUUCGAACACAGAGAAAAAUUGCCAGAAGUUUAUAGAACACACAAAAAAAAAAUGUAACUCAAAAGACAAACCUAUAAAAAAAUAAAACAAGAGAAAGUGAUAAUGCUGAA